AUGCUUGCAAUAGCUGGGAUGUUUCAGAGUGACCGCCCAGUGACAUACUGCAGAUUUAACACGGAUGUGCCUGUCCUACGCCUGUGGUUAGAUGUCGAGUUGGAGACCAGACAGGAUUUCAGAUUAUCGCGGCAGGCCAUGCAUUCCCUACAGCGUCUAAUGAAGAGAGAGCAGAACCAUGGUUGGGGAAAUGAAUAUGAAGUCCUCGUCUACGUCUACUGGCUUGCCCAUGGUCUUUCCUACCGUGUGGUGUCCAGAGUUUUCAGUAUUCCCAAAUCAACCAUUCACAGGAUUGUUCACAGAGUGGCACAGUUAUUUUGGGACAAUCUAAAUAGAGCCAUCAGUUUUCCAAAGCCUGCAGACAUCGACACUGUGGACAAUGAUGUGGCACAGGACAUCCUGGACCUGGGACCUCCUCUCCAAGAAGCUCCUCAUGCACACGAGAGACCAGGAAAUGCAACAAGGGACAGGCUUGCUGCGUUGGUCAAUGCAGAAGGCCCUCAAUAG